GCGCAAAUCGGCAGCAAGCGCAGCAGGAAACACUUCACUGAUAAUCCUCAAACACUGUCCAUACACAGACCUCGAAGCCGAGGGAAACACAAUUCGAGCCUGCUCUUCUUCACCGCCCGGUGUGGUUUUCCUCUUCACCUCAGGAUAAUUGAGCAAACCCGCUUGAAUCGUGGACAGUGCCGGGACAUCGGGCCGCGGUGAAUCAGGUGGCUGAGGCGAAACCGUGAGAGAGGGCAGCACGAGGUCCCUGCUCGUCCAGGGACGAUGAAGAGGUUCAGGCGUCAUGGGCAUGAGUCUCAAAGGGACAAGCACAAACAGGAUCUCUAUCAGUUCAACAAGACUGUAGAACAUGGCUUCCCCCAUCAGCCCAGCGCUCUGGGUUUCAGCCCCAGCCUGGAGCUCCUGGCCAUCGGUACCAGAUCAGGAGCAAUCAAACUGUAUGGAGCUCCAGGUGUGGAGUUCAUGGGACUUCACGACGAGAAUGCAGCAGUUACACAGGUGCACUUCCUGCCAAACCAGGUGGAGUUGGUAACAUUACUGGAUGACAACAGUCUGCACAUGUGGACGCUUCGGGCCCAUACCGGCAUGUCCGAGUUGCUUGAGAUAGGACGUUUCACUCUCUCUGGUCCACCUGGUGCCCCUCCCAGUGUGACGCGGGUCACGGCGGUUCUGGCACACUCAUCGGGUGAGCUGCUGCUGCUGGGCACAGAGGGAGGACACGUGUUUGUUGUGGAAGUGCCAGGCUUCAGACAGCUGGAGGAGAACAACAUCAGCGUGGAGGAUGUACAGAACAGAAUUCCAGAGGAUUAUGUUGGCCGCAGGAAUCUGGAGUGUGUGGAGACUCUGCAUGAGAACCCGCUCAACCCACGGCAGGUGCUAAUCGGCUACAGCCGAGGCCUGAUGGUACUGUGGGAUCUGGACCGGCAGCGUCCCAUCCAACACUUCCUAGGCACACAGCAACUAGAGAGUGUUUGGUGGAUGGAGGACGGUGGGAACAUACUCAGUUCCCAUAGUGAUGGGAGCUACUGCCAGUGGACGGUGACCGGAGGGGAUCCGCAGACGGAGCCUGAGAAACAGGAGACACCGUAUGGUUCUUUCCCCUGCAAGGCCAUAUCCAAAGUAAUACAGCUGCCAUCAAAACAAGGUCCCCCAUUCCUCAUCUUCAGUGGAGGGAUGCCGAGGGCCAGUUACGGGGACAGACACUGCAUCUCAGUCAUCCACAGCAAAACCCACGAGGCGCUGGACUUCACCUCACGCAUUAUCGACUUUUUCGUCAUUUGCGAGGGAGAGAACCACAGAGGUGAGCCGAGCGCUCUUGUGGUUUUGGUGGAGGAGGAGCUGGUCGUGGUGGAUCUGCAGACUGAGGGUUGGCCCGUCAUCCAGACGCCUUACCUGGUGCCAUUACACUGUUCAGCCAUCACCUGCUCGCACCACGUCUCCUCCAUCCCGCUCAAACUGUGGGAGAGAGUGCAAGCUGUGGGAGCCCAGCAGAAUACACACUACUCCAAGAAGCCUUGGCCUAUAAAUGGAGGCCAGAAUCUUGCCCCAGACCCUCCCCAGAGAGACUUGCUCCUGACAGGGCAUGAAGAUGGCACUGUGCGUUUCUGGGAUGCCUCAGGGGUCUGUCUUUACCCCAUGUACAAGCUCAGCACAGCGGGAGCCUUCCUCACAGACGCCGACCCAAAUGACAACAUGAACCAGGGCAGUGAGGGAGAGUGGCCUCCAUUCCGCAAGGUGGGCUGCUUUGACCCAUAUAGCGACGACCCUCGGCUUGGCAUUCAGAAGAUCCACCUGUGUAAAUACAGCGGAUAUCUCACAGUGGCUGGAACUGCAGGACAAAUUCUGGUUUUGGAGCUGAAUGAUGAGGCUGCCGAGCAGACGGUCGAGGCUACAGUGGUGGACCUGCUGCAGGGUCAGGAGGGAUUUCGCUGGAAGGGCCAGGCGCGUCUAGACGUGCGGGAGGAGCCGGUGCUGUUCCCUCCAGGCUUCCAGCCCUUCGCUCUAGUGCAGUGCCAGCCGCCCGCUGUGGUCACAGCAAUCGCUCUGCAUUCAGAGUGGAAACUGGUGGCCUUCGGUACCAGCCAUGGCUUUGGUCUCUAUGACUACCACCAGAGGAAUAAAAUCAUGGUCAAGUGCACCCUAAACCCCAGUGACCAGAUGGCCUUGGAGGGGCCACUCUCACGCGUCAAGUCCAUCAAGAAGUCCUUGCGACAGUCCUUCCGCAGGAUUCGCCGCAGCCGGGUUUCCAUGCGAAAACACCACACUAACAACGCAGCUAAGCUGCAAGAGAUCAACGCCAGGCUGGAGGCCGAAGCUCUGCAGGAGAUGGAGCUGGCACCUGUACAGAGAAAGAUUGAAGCCCGUUCCUCUGACGACUCCUUCACGGGCCUCGUCAGAACACUCUACUUUGCAGAUACAUUCGUUAGUGAUAGUUCUCACAGUACGCCCUCACUGUGGGCAGGAACCAAUGGUGGAGCUGUUUUUGCGCAUGUCCUCCGUGUCCCCUCAUUGGAACGAAGGGCGGAGGAUCCAGUUGUGGCUCAUGCAGCUAAAGAGAUUCAGUUGAUGCAUCGUGCUCCAGUCGUUGGUUUGGUGGUCUUGGAUGGCAAGGGUGCCCCUCUGCCCGAGCCUCUGGAGGUGGCCCAUGAUUUGGCGCGCAGUCCUGAAAUGCACGGUUCUCAUCACCUAUUGGUUGUGUCAGAGGAGCAAUUAAAGCUGUUUACGCUGCCUAAAGUGAGCAGUAAGUCAAAGCUGAAGCUGACAGCGGUCGACGGCUCUCGUGUUCGCCGUGUGGGUGUCGCUUGGUUUGGCUCUCGGACCGAUGAACAGUUGGAGAGCAGCCUGGUGGUGUUGACCAAUCAGGGUGAGCUACACGUCAUCUCUUUGCCUUCCAUCAAAAUGAUGGUCCACUAUCCUUGCAUACGAAGAGAAGACGUCAGUGGAAUCGCAUCCUGUGUGUUCACCAAAUAUGGCCAAGGAUUUUAUCUGAUGUCCCCUUCUGAGUUUGAGCGGUUUUCUCUCUCCACCCGCUGGGCGGUGGAGCCUCGUUGUCUGGUUGAGGCUCCCCUCCAGAUGAGGCCCAAGAACCCAUCAAGUCCCGUCCACAGGGACCAGCCGGAUGGAGUACCUACUGAACACAGAAAUUUCAAAAGGGAGAGUGAAGGAUAUGAGAGUUCUGCUAGACAGGUAAUGGAGCAUGCUUUGCUCAACGAUGAGAGAGUGCUUCAGGAGAUCCAGAAGUCUCUAGAAGGAGAUCAAACGACGUUCCUAGAGAACAAUCUGAAGACAAAGCCAAAAGCAGGCAAUGUGCUAAGCAAUGGAGGUAAUUAUUUAUUUUGUGUUCCUGAUUAGCAUAAAUUGGUAUUCUGCAUUUUAAUAAUAAUAUUGUAACCAGCAAGUAUUUGAGAGAGCAGUGCUAAAACUGCCUUCUUUGAAACUCGAUGAUCAGUGUUUGAAAUGCAGAUCUUCCUGUAUGUCUUCCGGCACAGUAAUGUGUUAUGUAAGCACUCCAAAUGUUUGGAGCUGCU